ACCAUGAAUUCGAAUUGUCCUGUGAACUUACACGCGUGCAUGGAUUUAAUAACUAAACUUUCGCGACAAGCGGGCAAACUUAUUAAAAGUCGAAUCGACCAAGAGAAAUCGAUCGAGACAAAAGCUAACCGCAUUGAUUUUGUCACCGAAACCGAUCUAGAAGUGGAAAAAAUGCUCAUCGAAGGAAUAAAAAAUACAUAUCCAUCGCACAAGUUCAUAGGAGAAGAAUCGUUUGCGGCAGGUACAAGGGAAAAACUGUCGAGCACGCCAACUUGGGUCAUCGAUCCUGUUGACGGAACAACCAAUUUUGUGCACGGUUAUCCAAACGUGUGCAUAUCUAUCGGUUUAGUUAUCGAUUGUGAAGUCCAGCUGGGUGUUAUUUUCAAUCCAAUAUUGGACAUGUUUUUUAGAGCAAUCAAAGGCGAAGGCGCCUACUUGAACGACGAACCUAUCCGUGUCAGCGAUUCGAAGUGUUUAAGCGACUCCUUGGUUUCUGUUGAAUACGGCUCGCUCCGAACUGACGAGUUUACAGGCAUCGUCAAUCAUAACAUCAGUUAUUUAGCAAAACAUGCCCAUGGAAUUCGUUCUGGAGGAUCCGCUGCUUGGAAUUUGGCAAUGGUAGCUAAAGGCGCGAGUGAUUUGUAUGUGGAAAUGGGUAUCCACGCUUGGGAUAUUGCUGCUGGCGAUAUAAUUGUCAGAGAAGCUGGUGGUGUUGUAAUCGAUCCUGCAGGUUGUCAUUUUGAAUUGAUGAACCGUAGAAUAUUAGCCGCAUCGUCGCAAGAGCUUGCCAACGAAAUAUCUCCUAAAUUGAAACAAUAUUUUCCAGAACACGACUAG